CGGUUCAGCCUCACUGGAACACUGACAAGCAUGAGACUGUAAUUUGAAAUCUCCUCCAAAGUGCCUACAACCACUCAGCUUUGCUAUGUACUAGUUAACUAGGAACAUUUAUUUUAACGUCGACGUGUGUAGGGAUAUAUAAAUAGUUCUGCACCAUGGUUUCAAUGAGGCCAAUGGCGCAUAAAGUCCUAAAUUAUGUUCCAUUCCUACUUGUUUUGAUUGACCUGCGAUACGAAGGCGUUAGGUGUGAAAAUACCGCGACUGUUGAAAGCCACCUGGAGAUGGGAAAGAAACUCCUCGCUGCAGGACAGCUGGCGGAUGCUCUGUCGCACUUUCACGCAGCCGUAGAUGGAGAUCCACGAAAUUACAUGGCAUACUACAGAAGAGCAACUGUGUAUUUUGCAAUGGGAAAAUCCAAGUCAGCAUUGCCAGAUUUGAGCAAAGUUAUUGAACUCAAGCCGGAUUUCACAGCUGCUGUACUUCAGAGGGGCAACCUCCUGUUGAAGCAGGGGAAACUCGAUGAAGCAGAGGUCGAUUUUAAAAGAGUGCUCAACUCAAACCCAAAUGACAAAGAUGAGAAAGAAGCCCAGAGUCAGCUGAGGAAGUCUGAUGAGAUCCAGAGGCUGGUGGCGGAGGCCCGGGCCCUCUUCGAUCGCAAGGAGUACAGCUCAGCAGUGGUCUACUUGGACAAAGUCAUCGAGACGUGUGCCUGGGACGUGGACUCCAGAGACAUGCGUGCCGAGUGCUUCAUCCAGAUGGGGGAGAUGGCCAAAGCCAUCACCGACCUGAAGGCCACCUCCAAGCUGAGGAGUGACAACACCCAGGCCUUCUACAAGCUCAGCAGCAUCUACUACCACCUGGGGGACCACCAGACCUCCCUCGAUGCUGUACGUGAGUGUCUGAAGUUGGACCCAGAUCACAAGCAGUGCUUUGGCCACUACAAGCAUGUGAAGAAGCUCAGCAAGUUGAUCCAGUCUGCAGAGGAGUUCAUCCAGCAACAGAGAUAUGGGGAUGCUGUCAGCAAGUAUGAGUCUGUGAUGAAGACGGAGCCAGAUGUGCUGCAGUACACGCAGCAGGCCAAGGAGCGCAUCUGCCACUGCCUGUCCAAGGACCAGCAAGGGCCAAAAGCCAUCCCAGUGUGCACAGAAGCCCUGGAGUUUGACCCCAACAACGUCAAUGUGCUGAAAGACCGAGCCGAGGCCUACCUGCAGGAUGAGGAGUACGAGAAAGCCAUUAAAGACUUUGAGAGCGCUGGAGAGCACAGCGAGAAUGAUCGGCAGAUAAAGGAGGGACUGGACCGAGCCAAGCGCAUGCUGAAGCAGUCCCAGAAGAGGGACUAUUACAAGAUCCUGGGAGUUAAGAGGACGGCACAGAAGAAGGAGAUUGUGAAGGCCUACAGGAAGCUGGCUCAGCAGUGGCACCCGGACAAUUUCCAGGAUCCCGAGGACAAGAAGAAGGCAGAGAAAAAGUUCAUCGACAUCGCACAGGCCAAAGAGGUGCUCACGGAUCCAGAAAUGAGAAGUAAGUUUGACCAGGGGGAGGACCCUAUGGACCCAGAGAGCCAACAGGGCGGCCACGGACACGGGCACCACUUCCACGGCUUCAACCCCUUCCAGGGAUUUAACCCCUUCGGCUCCGGAUCCGGAUUCAACUUCAAGUUCAGUCACGGCUGAGCAGCACAAGACUGACUGAUGCUUAUUUGACCUGUCUCAGGACUACAACCAGAAGGGCCAGCUCCUACCAGGGGCCAAACAAGGAUUAAACUCUGUCUUUUUUUCCAUUCAAAAGGAACAUCUGAGAUGCUUGGCUGUGUGUGUGUGUGUGUGUGUGUGUGUGUGUGUGUGUGUGUGUGUGUGUGUGUGUGUGUGUGUGUGUGUGUGUGUGUGUGUGUGUGUGUGUGUGUGUGUGUGUGUGUGUGUGUGUGUGUGUGUGUGUGUGUGUGUGUGUGUCAGCACUUUUGUCUGUGUAUGACUGACAUGUUGUGAGCAUUUGCAAAACCACUCUGAGCACAUCUGUGUUAUUAAGUGUCUUGAGCUCAGGAGGGCUUGCGAAGGUUUGCGAAACGUGCAUUAGCAAUUGAAGCAUCUCUAUUUUCAGGGAUCUUACCAUUGAGCUAUUUUGACCAGUUACAAAAAAUGUCACUGCAAUUUUUUUUUGUAGUGAUGUGUUUUGAUCGAUUGUCAGUCAUUCCUGGACGACUUGUUUGUGUAAAUAGGAUAAAGCAUUAUUUUUAUAUGGACUUUAAUGGUUCUGAAUUGUAAAUAUCUUUAAAGCUUAGACUAUUUAUGUCUAUUUAAGUAACGGGUUCUACUCGUGUCAUAAUUACCAAAAAAACCUAAAUGUGAUGAACCACAGCAGAGGGACCCCCCAUUUGAUGCCAAUAAAGUUGUUCUGAUCUCAGAGUAUUGCAUUAUCCCUCAAGUUGACAGUAAAUGAAGACAGAUCGCCACCCCCCGCCGACUCUGCACCCUGCUAGAUACGUACCUGAUGGCACCAAAGUGCUUUUUUCUGUCCGGUGGCACAUUUUAAUCUGAGCAAAUCCCUAACUGACAGCAGCGUACAACUGGAUGGAUGGCCUCUUUAUCCAGGGCUGCAGAACCUGAACUAUGAGCACAUCACGCUGAGAGAGAGGCACAGGACACGGCACAAUGGGCUUCUUUAUCACAUUUUCAGCACAAGCACAGAGCAUUGUAUUCCCCUCUAAAACACAACACAGCAAUGCAGAGGUGCGGUGAGGCAAGUGUUAUUCAUAUUAACUGCCUUAUGAUGUGUGGCAUGACAGAGUUUGUCACCAAAUGGCAAAUAAAUAAGAUGUUGUGCAUUUGUGAAGGUUUUUACGGAAUGUACACAGUGUACAUUUGAUUUUCACUGAUCUUGGGAAGCGCUUGAAUAGAACUGUAUUUUGUUUAAUAUAGUUGCUGAGGCAUAUAUUGCUUUUAGUGACCAUGUUUGAAAUGGACAUCUAAUGAAUAAAAACAUCUAAUUUAAAAAGCA